CUAACCAAUAUAUUGCAUUAUCAAUAUUUUGAAAUGCAAAUUGAAUCUAGAGGUGGUGUGCAGCCUCCCCAUCAGGAGAAAUUCAAAGAGACACAUACCUUCAGAAAAAAAGCGAGAAAGGAUCAAAAGCUAGCGUGGAUCAAUGAAAAAGCAAAGCAUCGAUAUGAUACUUAUGUUGCGGAGUGCACAGAGAGUCAUGGCUCUGAUACUAGUUCGUGGUCACGCAUGGAUAACGAGGCAUGGGUUAAGGCUGUUAGAGGUUGCUCAUCUAAUUUCAUGCCAGGGAUUGGCUCCCAAGUAAAUCCAGAGAUGUCUGUUGCAGCAGCUCUAACCACUCAUGGCAUCUCCCCUCAGGCAAGUCAUCAUCUAGUUGCCCCACCACAGCCGUCACAUGGUCCUGGCUCAAGUCUUCGCAUGAAUUUAGCUUUCACCUACUCUAUUGAUUUUAUAAAAACCUCUCCUAUGGUUCUUGAAUAUCAGCAGCAGCAGCAGCAGCAGCAGCAGAAACAGUUUCCACCUCAAGAUGAUGAUGCAUACAAUCCUGUUUUUGAUCCAAACUAUCAGGGUCCUUAGUUUUUUUUAUUUUUCUGCUACGCACAUUAUAUGCACACUUUGCAUGGUUGGCUUUAUUUCUGUUAGUACUUUAAACUGUUAGCUUUUUAAACUGUUAACUUUAGCUUUUCAUUACGAUAUCUUUUCUUAUUUUGCUUGACCUCCAGUGAUCAUACUUCAAAAGGUAUGAAGUUUUGGACUGCUUUGGAGGUUAAUUAUUAUUAACUGAAUAUCAUAGGUAUUUAAGACAAUGGUGUGUGAUUGCCAUACUUUGUGGUUGUGGUUGUGGUUGUGGUUGAAAACGUAUAAUUGUUUUUAGCAUACUAGAGAUGUAGAAUAUAUGUGUUUUUCAUUG